AUGGCGUCUUCUAUAGUGCAGCACGUUGUGGCAGAUUCAGGGGCUUUCUUAAGGAAUGCAGCCCUUCGGGAGAUCGGUGGCAGUAUCUACACUGUACGGGAGGUGGUGAGUGAGAUUCGGGAUAAGGAGACCCGGAGGCGGCUGGCUGUGCUUCCCUACGAGCUGCACUUUAAAGAGCCGAGUACUGACAGCAUACAGCUCGUGACGGAAUUUGCCAAAAAGACCGGCGACUAUGCUAGUCUUUCGGCUACCGACCUCAAGGUACUGGCCCUCGCCUACCAGCUGGAGGUCGAGCAUGUUGGACGGACACAUCUCCGAAAUGAACCGCCCGAGAAGGUCUCCGUUAGUUCUACGGCUCAGCACCCAGAGGCACCUGUUAACGUUGCUGGAUUUCAUUUUCCUUCAAAGCACGGGAACAAGAAGGAAGGUGUACAGCGCACCCCAGCUGCGGGAGAAUCUACGUCUCCUCUCCAGAAAACAGAGGAGGAAAAGUAUGAUUCUUUCUUGUUCUGGAGAACUCCUCUGCCCAACAUUGAUGAUGAUCUGAUGGAACUGAUGAAUGCACAGGUGACAUCUGUGACAAGCAGCGAAGAGCACGAUGUGACGGCUCGUCUCCAUCUGCCCGAAGAUCAGAGCAAUGCGGUGGACCCGUCAACAGAGGUUCACAUUUCAAAUGAGCGUGAUGAUGAAGAAGAAGAAGAAGAGGAGGAGGAGGAGGAUGAUGGUGGUGGUUGGAUUACACCUAGUAAUAUUAAACAGAUCCACCAAGAGAUGGGGGUUCGGGAGGCUCCAGUGAAUGUGGUGGUUGGGUGCCUCACCACAGAUUUUGCCAUGCAGAAUGUUCUCAUUCAAAUGGGUUUGCACGUCUUGUCUGUGGACGGGAUGCUCAUUCGACAGACGCGAAGUUACAUCUUACGCUGCCACGGCUGCUUCAAGACAACCUCUGACAUGACCAAGUCUUUCUGUCCGCACUGUGGGAAUAUGACCCUGAAGAAGGUGGCGGUGUCAGUGAAGGAGGAUGGAAGUCUCAACAUGCACUUCUCGAAGAACCCGAAAGUAUUCUGUACACGUGGGAUGAGGUAUUCGCUGCCGCUGCCGAAGGGUGGGAAACAUGCCACGAACCCCCUCCUAGUACCAGACCAACAUUUCCCCCAGCAGCGGCUCUCUAAGAAAGCGAAAGCCAAGACCGACGUCUUCAACCCGGAUUACGUUGCAGGGGCUUCUCCCUUUGUAGAAAACGACAUCUACAGCCGCGCGGCUAACUUGCAGAUCCGCGACAGCACGUUGGGGGCUGGACGUAGGCGCGUGAACCCCAACGCACCUAAGAAGAAGUUUGUGAAGAAGAGAUAAGGUGCCUGGAUUGAUCAAAUAACUGCUGGUAUAAGUGCCUUGUUAUUUGUAAACCUGGAAGACACACAUUGGGAGUUACUCUGCCUCUUAUUAAUGCAUUUUUUGGCAGCUGCAGAGGUUGGUGGGAAACUGCAAUAAAAGGGCUGGAAUAAAAGGGAGAUAAUAAGGCCCCCCAUCCAAUAUAGUGGCUUCAGGAUGUAUUUUGCAGCGACGCAUGUACUGAACACGAAUGCUCUUGUGACUCCACUGCAACUAAUCCCAGAGUGGCUGCAUCUAAAACAACUCAAUACCCAACAGGGCGGACAAAUGUGUGGACAUAAUAAACAUCCUUUCGGAAAGCUCUACUUUACGUUAAAACAUUUUGUUGCAAAGAAUAAAUGAAAUAUAAUUUAAACAUA